CCGCGUCCGCAGCCCGGGCCGCGGAGGGGGCCGGCGGGCCCCUGCCUGCAGAGCUAGAUGUGCGGGACGCGGGGCUGCGACGGGUCGGCGGGGAGGUGCUGAGGCUGCCGCCGCCGCUGCUGCCGCGGCCAGGGGGAGCCCUUAGCUGUGCGGGAAGCGGGGAAGCCGUGUCGGGAGCUGUUAUUUUCUUCUCCUCCUUCCUUUGCCUUCCCUCUUUUCCCUCCUCCCCCUCCUCACCAAAACCGGGAGAGGAGGCGUGUUCGGUGCCUUGCUGCACCGGUUUUGCUUGGUUUGUUGUUGCAGGGUUUCUUUCGCGGGGUGGUUGGCUUUUGUUGUUUUGUUUUUGCUUUUUUCCUCCUUUUCCAUCUCCCCCGCCUUCUCCCUUCCUCUCUUUUGGCUCAUUGCAUGCUCGGAUCCGGCUGGAUCCUUCCUUUUAUUUUCGGCUGUGCCUCUCGGAAGGGGGAAGGGAGAGCUGGGAUGAGUGCAGCUUGACGCACAGGCGAGGGGAGGGGGGGCACCGCCGGCAGUUGCAGCGGUUCGUGGCCGCAGGGUGCGGGUGAGGAAGGGAGCGAGCGAGGGGCUCGCUCGGUGCCUCCCCUUUUCUUCGCCCCUCUCCUUCCUCCCCUCCUUCCUCUCUCCUUCCCUCCCUCCCCCAUCCGUCUCCUGCCGGGUCCGGCUGGGAGCGUGUGUGCAAUAUCUUACGUUGCAAGGUGUGUGUGUGUGUGUGUGCGCGCGGAGCGGAGGGAGGGAAGGACUCGCGAGGGAGCCGGGGCUGCCCCAGCUCCCCCCUAUGUGAGCCUCCCCGGGCGGCUGGAUGGCGAUAGACCGGCGCCGUGAGUCGGGCGGCGGGGGCCGUCCGCUGCCGGAGGAGAACGGCUCGGUGCCCGGGGCUGGGGGGGGGACGCCGCCGCCCCCCCGGGGCCGCCCCCCGCCAACGCUGCCGGGUCGAGAUCCAGGCGGUGCCGGUCCACCGCCCGCCGCCGCCUGCAGCCCGCUCCUCCUCGACUACGACGGCUCGUUGCUACCCUUCCUCGGAGGGCUGGGCGGCCGGUACCAGCGGACCCUGGUGCUGCUCACCUGGGUCCCGGCACUCGUCAUCGGCUUCAGCAAGUUCUCGGACUCCUUCCUCCUGGAUCAGCCCGACUUCUGGUGCCGGGAGGCGGACGGGCAGGGCAACUGGAGCGGGACCCUGGCGCCAAUCCACGCCAACCACAGCGGCAACGGCAGCAGCUUCCCCCCCGCGCCCGGGCUACCAACCCCCGCGACGGGCAACGCCAGCGAGUGCGGCUGCCGCGAGUGGCACUACCGCAUCAGAGCCGGCCUCGUCCAAAACGUCGUGAGCAAGUGGGAUCUUGUUUGUGAUUCUGCCUGGAAAGUCCACAUUGCUAAAUUUUCCCUGCUUGUAGGAUUAAUCUUCGGCCACUUAAUAACAGGAUGUAUAGCUGACUGGGUUGGUCGACGGCCUGUGCUGCUCUUCUCUGUCAUAUUCAUUUUGAUUUUUGGACUGACUGUGGCACUCUCAGUGAAUGUGACCAUGUUCAGCACACUCAGGUUUUUCGAGGGAUUUUGCCUGGCUGGAAUAGUCCUCUCCCUGUAUGCACUGCGGAUAGAGCUCUGUCCUCCUGGGCACCGGUUCAUGAUCACCAUGGUGGCAAGCUUCAUUGAAAUGGCGGGGCAGUUCCUCAUGCCGGGGCUGGCUGCCCUCUGCAGGGACUGGCAGGUCCUCCAGGCAGUCAUCAUCUGUCCUUUCCUGCUGAUGCUGCUUUACUGGGUUAUUUUCCCAGAGUCCCUUCGGUGGUUGAUGGCUACACAACAAUUUGAAGCAUCCAAGGAACUGAUCCUUGAGUUCACACAUAAGAACAGGAUGAACACAGAAAGCGACAUCAAAGGAGUAGUGCCCGGGCAUAGGAUGGACGAAUCAGUGCAUAGGAUGGACGAUGAUGUGGGAAUGAAGCUGUUGUCUGUUCCUCAUUUGUUGCAGAAUUUGGAAGAGCUGGAAAAGGAAAUCACCAGGAGACCGAAGAAAGUCUGCAUUGUUAAAGUGGUGGGAACAAGGAACCUGUGGAAAAACAUCGUAGUAUUGUGUGUGAACUCGCUGACUGGGUAUGGCAUACACCACUGUUUUGCAAAAAGCAUGAUGGGGCAUGAAGCGAAGAUGGCGAUUACCCACAACUUCUAUGCGGACUACUACACCAUGGCUGGGAUCGCGCUGGCAUCCUGCCUGGCCAUGUGCCCAGUGGUCGGGUUUCUGGGAAGGAGAGGAGGACUCCUGCUUUUCAUGAUACUUACAGCUCUGGCAUCACUUCUGCAGCUGGGCCUUCUCAACUUGAUCGGAAAAUACAGUCAACUUCCAGACUCAGGUAUGAGUGACAGCGUCAAAGACAAAUUCUCUGUUGCAUUUUCCAUCGUGGGUAUGUUUUCUUCGCAUGCUGUUGGAAGCCUCAGCGUGUUCUUCUGUGCUGAAAUCACACCCACGGUAAUCAGGGGAGGCGGAUUGGGGCUGGUCCUGGCCAGUGCGGGUUUCGGCCGCCUGACCGCCCCCAUCAUGGAGCUCCACAACCAGAAAGGCUACUUCCUCCACCAUGUCAUCUUCGCCUGCUGCACUCUCAUCUGCAUCAUCUGCAUCCUGCUGCUGCCAGAGAGCAAGAACCAGAACCUGCCCGAGAACAUCCCAGAUGGGGAACAUUACACCCGGCAGCCCCUCCUGCCGCACAAGAAGGGGGAGCAGCCCCUGCUCCUGACAAACUCUGAACUCAAGGAUUACUCUGGCCUCCAUGACUCAGCAGCUGUGAGUGACGGGAUCCCGGAGAACACCACUGCCAACGGGAUGAAGUCAAUGUAACUGGGUGGAUUUUUUUUCCAUUUCUUUUUUUUUAUUGUUUUAUUUUUCCCUU